AUGCAGAAGGGCUGGAAGAAGUACUUCGGGCAGAAGUCCCUCAGCGAGGUGACCAUGGACGAGUACCUGGGCAGCCUGGGGCUCUACCGCAAGCUCACGGCCAAGGACGCCACCUGCCUCUUCCGGGCCAUUUCCGAGCAGGUUUAUGCUUGUCAGAUUCAUCAUAUGGCAGUCAGAAAUGCUUGUGUUUCCUUCAUGAGGAAAAAUCAAUUGAAUUUUGAGUCUUAUGUGGAAGGAUCAUUUGAGAAAUACUUGGAACGACUUGGGGAUCCCAAGGAAAGUGCUGGGCAGCUGGAAAUCAGUGCCUUCUCACUGAUCUAUAACCGAGACUUCAUUCUUUAUCGGCACCCUGGAAAACCUGCUGCUUAUGCUACCGACAACGGCUUUGAGGAUAAGAUUCUACUGUGUUGUUCCAGUAAUGGCCAUUACGAUUCUGUGUAUACCAAACAAUUUCAGGCAAACGCUGCGAUCUGCCAGGCUGUCCUGUAUGAGAUUCUGUACAAAAAUGUCUUCAAUGUGGAGGAAGAGGAACUGAGAACUGCCGUGGAGAUGUUUCGAAAUGGGGCUAAGAAAAACAGAAACAGUGCAUCUGUUGGGAGUGAAGAUGCAAAUUUUGAUUGUUUUCCUGAAAGGGCAUCCAGAAAUUCUCCAGAAAAGAGGUUGGAAGAUUGGGAAAGCUUCGAUUCAGCCAACCCACUGGAUGAAAAAUGCAAGCAAGGCACAGAUGAAGCAAAGCUUCCAGACAACCCAAAGAUGCCCUUUCCCUAUAAAGUAUUGAAAGCCUUGGAUCCUGAGAUCUAUCGGAACAUAGAGUUCGAUGUUUGGCUGGACAGCAGAAAAGAACUUCAAAAAACAGAUUACUUGGUGUUUGCUGGAAGACAGUACUAUUUAGGAGACAAAUGUCAGGUACGCCUAGAAGCUGGGGGUAAAUAUUACAAUGCCCAUAUACAGGAUGUUGGACAGGAUAAUAUGGUAACUGUCUUCAUUGAGGAGCUGGCAGAGAAGCAUGUUGUUCCACUGGUGAACUUGAAGCCUGUGACCCAAGUCAAUCCAGUUCCUGCCUGGAACGUGGUCUCUGCUAGAAAAGGAGGAACCUAUCAGAAGAUAACAGAUAUGGAUAUAAAAUCACGGAAGAAGCUGUUCAAGAAAGUGCGUGGGAAGGAAGUCUAUAUGACUGUGGCUUACAGCAGGGGUCACCCUGUCCUGCCCCCUCGACUGCAGCACAGCGUGAUGUCGGAUCGAUCGUCUUCGGUCCACUGCUCCCAAAAUGGACACAUAAAUCCAUACGAGCAUUACCAUUUUCAGAAUCCGCAGCGGACUGGCCGGGGAUAUGGGAUGCCCAGGGGAUCUGCCCGAUUUAUAAACAGGAACAACAUGACUGGGCCAGAAAUAGCAUUUUAUCCUAGUCCAGGAAAGAGAUGUUAUCAGAGCUAUGAUAACUUCUCAUAUAGAUCCCGUUCAUACAGCCGUAGUCGCAGACAGAUGCAGUGUGUAAAUAAAGAGUGCCAGUAUGGAUUUUCACCUGAGAACGGAGAGGAGCCUCAAGGUUUAGAAGAAACAAUAACUUUCUAUGAAAUUGAAGAAGGGGAUGAUGCAAGUUUUCCUGCUUUACCUAAUCAGGGUAAUCCAGCGCCAUUAGUUCCUCCUCCCGCAGGAUUCUGGGUCACAAGAAGGGCUCCAAGCUCCGUCCCAGUGAACAAGCAGGGGCUGAAUUCUUCAGAAGAAGAAGUGGAUGAACCAAGUGAUAAUGGGGAAUACCAUGAGGAUUAUCUGUACACUCCUUCAGUUGUAAUCCCAUCAGUGUAUCAGUCGUCUCCCCUUCCUCCUGUCAGUGAUGUGGGGGAAAGUGGUGGUAUUACACCACCUUAUUCUUGUGAUCCCAGUGGAAGUGAUCUGCCUAGAGACCCAAAGAUUUUGCAGUAUUACUUUAAUUUGGGUUUGCAGUAUUACCACCAGAGCUGCUGGAACCCCGUGAUGUACGUACAGCAAGCACCACCAUCACCUCACAUGGAACCCUACCAGGCAUACACUGAGCCCGUCUCUGCAGUGGAUCCAUCAGCGCCUCUGCCUUACCCCGACUACCAAAUUAGCAUGCUGUCCAGGCCUUUAACCACUGAAUUCUUUAAAGGUUAUUAUCCGAGAAAUGCCCUCUCUGUUGAUACUUCAUGUGGAAUAUCUCCCCCUCUUCCAGGUGCCUCAUCCGUCACAGAACCACCUCCGCUACCACCUGGAGCAAUCUAUUACCCCGUUGUAACAGACCCAUACACCCCGCCAGCUCUGCCAGGAUACGAAUCGUGCAUCCCGUUUGUGCCUGCAUAUCACUGCGUCAGUCCUUGGUACCCGGUCGGUCCGUCCUAUGGGAACUCUGCCCGAAUCCACAAUACUGUUAAUCCCAGCCAUUUCCACCAGGUUAGCUACGUUACCUCAUCCAAUCCUGCACCGCAUUUUAUAGCUCAAAGCAUGUAGACUCGGAAGGAUUCCGUCUGGGAGCCUUCCGCCACUUGGAACUACAGCUCCCAGAAUGCUGUUGCAGUUCCAACUGUCUG